AGACGAAUCACCCGUUGAUAGACCUUUGCGCCAUCAAUCACAAACCGCUUUCUUGACACGCACAAUGACAGCCUCGCCCGAGGAGACGAUUCCCAGACGAGGGGAAUGGCCCGUUGACCCGCAAGAUGAUGUCCCAAUAGCAGAGGGGCGUGUUUGGGUGGACGGGUGCUUUGACUUUAGUCACCAUGGACACGCAGGAGCUAUGCUUCAAGCCCGUAGACUAGGAGACGAACUUCUAGUCGGAGUACAUUCUGACGAGGCAAUCCUGGAAAACAAAGGGCCUACGGUCAUGUCUUUAGAGGAGCGGAUCGCUGCGGUAGAAGCAUGUCGCUGGGCGACAAAGUGUAUUCCUCAUGCUCCGUACGUGACGUCCCUGCCCUGGGUAUCGCACUACGGUUGCAAGUACGUCGUACAUGGAGACGAUAUUACCUCUGAUAGCAAUGGGAAUGACUGCUAUCGAUUUGUCAAGGCUGCUGGUCGCUUCAAGGUAGUCAAAAGAACCCCCGGUAUCUCCACCACGGAUCUCGUUGGCCGCAUGCUUCUUUGUACAAAGGGCCAUUUUGUCAAGAGCGUGAAAGGCAUGCUCUCUGGGAAGGAAGGCUCUGGUAACGAAGAAGAGCGCGCACAAUAUGCGUUAUACCUUCAGGAAAGGCUCAAGGAUUACGCCACUGACGAGACCGGCCUGCAACCUGGCUCUCAGGUCUGGGUUUGGGAAGGCUCGAACGCUGCAAAACUUGAGGCUUCGCUUGACGAGUCUGGGAGCUUCGAUAAGCUUGUUAGUGGAAAGCCGCCCAGGCCGGGCCAGCGGAUUGUCUAUGUUGAUGGAGGGUUUGACCUUUUCUCUUCCGGCCAUAUUGAAUUUCUUCGCCAAGUUCUAGCAAUUGAGGAAUCUGAUGGCAGACAACGCGGCUGGUAUGACCAAGAACAGAGAGAGCAAAGGGUAAAGACCCACGGAGAAGAUUUUGGCCCAGCUUACGUGGUGGCUGGCGUUCAUGACGACGAUGUAAUAAACCAUUGGAAAGGUUUGAAUUAUCCUAUCAUGAACAUAUUUGAGAGGGGCCUAUGCGUUCUUCAAUGUCAAUACGUACACGCCGUAAUCUUCUCUGCUCCAUUUUCACCAAGUCAGCCAUAUUUAGAGACAAUGCCUUUGGGCGUUCCCGACGUCGUCUACCACGGUCCGACUACCUUUAUCCCACUCACCUAUGAUCCAUAUGCUGCUCCCAAACGAAUGGGUAUAUUUCGCGAAACGACCGAUCACGCUUUUCAACAUGUGAACGCUGGCGAAAUAGUUGAACGGAUCCUUAAGAGCAGAGAGGCUUACGAAGCGAGACAGCGCGCCAAGUUGCAGAAGGCAGUGAUCGAGGAUCAAGCCAAGUCAAGAGAAGCGGCAUGA